GUUGUCAGCUGCCACCCAAGACGUGAUUCAGCUCCAACAAUUACCAUUAUCUGUUACCCAGUUUGACGAUACGGGACGAAUCUGUAAUGAUGACGAGUGUUUCCUUCGCUCAUUGUUGAGCUUUUUUAGACUGUCUCUCUCUCGGUCCACACCUAACUAUCAUUGGGUGACAACACUCCAGCUAUUCAGGUACUCAGCGGAGGAGGAGGCUUUAUAAGCAGGAGUGUUUGCAGCUUAUGGAGAGCUGUUUGUGUCAACACUGAGUAGGCACACACUGGUGUUUGGACAGUGCGUAAAGAGGAUCCUGUGCGUUUUUUCUCCCCUUUUUUUUGGAUAGAUUUACUUUGAGUGUUUGCUGCUUCUUUUUUAACGGGAUUUCAUGAGAGGACGACAUGGCUGCACCCACCAAGUUCAGUUUUUCCGUCAGGAGCAUCCUGGAUCUGCCGGAGCGGGAUGCGGACGCAGCGCCGAGGUCCUCCCCGGUUUACUCCUCCUGCUCCUCCAGCUCACCCUACACCUCCUGGACGGAGUGCGACCGGAGCCCCUGCAUGUCCUCAGAUGAAGGCAGCUUCGAGGCCUCUCCAGACUCAACCAAGCCAGAUGACCCGUCCCUCGAUUCGGAGCCAGAAAGGACCAAAAAGAGCAAAAAGCGCCGCGUUUUGUUCUCCAAGGCCCAAACCCUGGAGCUGGAGAGACGCUUCCGCCAGCAGCGCUACCUGUCCGGUCCGGAGAGGGAGCAGCUGGCCCGCCUCCUCAGCCUGACCCCCACCCAGGUGAAGAUCUGGUUCCAGAACCACCGCUACAAGAUGAAGAGAGGCCGAGCAGAAGGAGCGCUGCAGGACUUGGAGAUACCGCAGCCUCCGCCGCUGCUGCGCAGAGUCGUUGUUCCGAUCCUGGUGCGGGACGGGAAACCUUUUCACACCUGCUUACUUGACACGGAGAAAGUCGGCUGUUUACCUCCAUCCUCUCCCUUCCCUUUGGCCUACCCGUCUCUGCAGCAUCCCUCCGCGGUUCCUCUCCCUCCGAGGUACCAGCAGCACUUUCCGGCCGCGGCGGCCUCCAGAUGGGCCUGGAGAGACUUUUGGAGCGACUCAGUCCCGUUUAAUGCCUUCAAGUGAAGGCCUCGUUUUCAAUGCACAAACUCAUUUAGAAGGGCAUCAAAUGUUUUCUGAAUGUUUUGGAAAUUUUCGAGCUACUUAAACAUUUAGAUUUUUAAAAUAGAAGGAAAAGAAAUUUUGCACAUUUUUAUUUGGAUAUUUUUACGCGUGUAUGUGACUGUUUAUGAAAGACUUUCUCUGACAUGGCUUACUGGUGUAGCCUGUAGGUUUUUAAUUAUCCAGCGACAUGAUGUAUUUGUUUGUUUUUAAGCUUGUUUUUAAACAUAAUAUUUGUAUAAAAUAACUUUUGUUGAAGACAAAUGAGAUCCAGUAGGCUGCAUUAGGCGGUGUCAUAGAAGAGGAAUGCUGAGCAGCAGAGCCACCAGUAGCCUGGAAGAAGAAAUAAUGGUAUUUGUCGUGUUUAAGGAGACUUUUUAAAAGGUUUAACUGUUUCUUUUUGUGAACAAAACUGUUAAUAAAACCUCUCGUAUUUAGUACGAUA